AUGGCUGCUCAAAUAGCAAAAUUUGUUGGCUUCUACUACUUCCCCAGUCAGGGUGAGGCUUCUGAAGAGCUAAUCAAGGAAUUGGAAACAAAUAUUGAGAACGAAAAAAGAAAGGCCGCGAACCACCGUCAGGAGAAUAUAAGACGGCGGCACAACUACCUACCCUUGAUUGUGGAGCUGUUAAAGACACUGGCAGAAGAAGGGUGUCUUGUUGACUAUGUGAACAAAGCCAAAACCGUGGCCAAAGAACGGAAGGCGGUCAAAUCCGCUGCUGGCAAAAAAUGA